GGCAGUUUCAAGAUGGCGGCGUUCGGCGCGGAGCGCUGGGUGAGCGAGUUACCGAACCACACGAUCUUCAGGAGAAUACGGGAGAAGUCGGAGUGGGACCGGCACCGGGGCGAGAGGGGGGCCGCCAAGAACCUGACCUUCUGCCUGGGGGGAGACUUCUUCGUGUGGGACGACGCGGAGCGGCUGUUCUACACCACCAACCUGCGGCAGCUGAACGCGGAGGAGGGACGCGGCGGCGGCGGGGACUGUCAGACCCUCCUGUGCAUCAACCCGCCGCUGUUCGAGGUGAACCGGGUGUCGCUGAGUCCCACCCAGCACCACGUCGCGCUGAUCGGGCAGCGCGGGGUCUCGGUGCUCGAGCUGCCGCAGCGCUGGGGGAAGAGGUCCGAGUUCGAAGGCGGGCGGAGCGUGAUCAACUGCAAGACCAUCCCGGUGGCGGAGCGCUUCUUCACCAGCUCGCAGUCGGUGAGUCUGCGGCAGGCGGCCUGGUACCCGAGCGACAACGACGAGCCCCACCUGGUGCUGCUUACCUCCGACAACACCCUCCGGUUCUACGGGUUGAAGUCGCCCCACACGCCGGUGAGAGUCCUGCCGCUGUCUCAGUCUGAUGAUGGCGGCAGCGGCCAUCCUCCCGUCUGCUCCUACGCAGCUUCUCUGGGGGAGAUCGCGGUGGCGUUUGACUUCGGGCCGCUGUCGUCUCCUCCCCGGCAGCUGGCGGUCCGGUUCCCCAAAGAGCAGCUGGUGUAUCCCCUGUACAUCCUUUACGAAAACGGGGAGACCUACGUGAGCUACACAAGCCAGACAACCGGUGUGAGUCUGAGCAAACCUGUCGGCCCCCUCCCCAUGUACCCAGCUGCAGAGGACAACUACGGCUAUGAUGCUUGUGCCAUUCUCUGCCUGCCAUGUGUGCCCAGUAUCCUGGUCAUCGCCACAGAGACGGGCACCCUAUACCACUGUGUGGUGCUGGAGCCCGAGGAAGAGGAGGAGACGCGGGCGGUGGAGAAGUGGAUCCGAGGUGCAGAGGCAGUGCCAGCUCUCUAUGUCUUCGAGUGUGUGGAGCUGGAGCUCACCCUGAAAGUGGCGACCGGAGAGGACGAGGAGCCUCCAGAGUUUGACUUCACCUGCCCCAUCAGGCUGCACAGAGACCCCCUGUGCCAGCACCGGUACCACUGCACCCACGAAGCCGGCGUCCACAGCGUGGGCCUGAUCUGGGUCAACAAGCUGCAGAAGUUCCUCCAGUCGAAGGAGGAGGAGAAGGACAGUCUCCAGGAGCUGGCUGCUGAGAAGCGCUGCAUCGUUGAGCACAUUCUUUGCACCAGGCCACUCCAAACCAGUCAGUCGGCUCCGGUUCUCGGCUUCUUGAUCGUGUCUGACCUUUCCCUCGGUGCCACCAUGAUCUGCAUCACCAGCAUCUACGAGUGCAUCCUCUUGCCCCUGCUGAGCUCUAUUCGCCCUCCCUCACCUUCUCUGCUCUGCUCCCAUCUCGGCCCGGGCUCCGUGAACUCCCCUCUGCGCGGCCUGGCCAACGACUCCUUCGAGCAGCACAUCCGCAACAUCCUGGCCCGAAGCUCCACCAAUCCCCUCGUGCUGAAGGCCGGAGACAAGGAAACAUCCCCAGCCCCUCAGGAGUGUCUGCAGCUCCUCAGCAGAGCCACGCAGGUCUUCCGCGAGGAGUACAUCCUCAAGCAGGACAUGGCCCGCGAGGAGAUGCAGAAAAGAGUGAAGCUCCUGACGGGCCAGAAGAAAAAGCAGCUGGAGGAGCUGGCUCUGUGCAUGGAGGAGAGGAAGAGUCUGACAGAGGCAGCGGAGAGGCUGGCCGACAAGCACGAAGAUGCAAAGUAUCGGCAGGAAACCAUUAUGAACAGGGUCAAAAAGGUGCUGGUCAGUGUGCAAAGCCAGCUGCCCGUCCUGUCCAACAGCGAGAAGGACAUGAAGAAGGAGCUGCAGACCAUCAGCGACAAACUGAAGCACCUGGACAACUGCAUCAAGCAGGUGAACAUGAAGAUGGAAUACCAGAAGACACAGGUGGACAAGGACGCGCCCGCAGCCAGGACGUCAGUGUCACUCAACGCCCAGCAGAAAAAGGUGGUCCAGGAUGUCCUCAGAGAACAGGGACAGCAAAUCGGGGACAUGAUGAAGCAGAUAAAGGACAUCAAGAACCACUUCAGUUUCUAAGCUCUGUGGACAUCACCAGAAAUGGGUUGAGGGUUGGGUUGGGGUGUGUGU